UAAAAGUGUUUCGUCGCAUCGUUCGACAAACGGAGAGUUUUGUGCGCUUAAGUUUUUUUCAUACAGUACUAAAAACAACAUAAUUUUCAGUAUGCAAGACUUGUGACCAUAAAUCAUUGUGCAUUCUCGUUUUUAUCUACUUCUUCAGCAUUAUUUAAUGCAUAACAUGAAAAUAAAUUUAAUAAUAAAAGAAGAAUAAUUAACGUGUCACAACGUUUGCUUUAAAUGCAACGUGAUACACAACACAACCGAUGCGCAGAUAGAAAUUAUACCACAGGACGUACAAUACAAAGUAUGUAGGCCAAGUAUCACGAUCGUUUAUAGAUAUAUGUGUAGGUACAAAUACGUAACAUAGGUAGAUAUAAGAAGUAAUGUGAGAGGGCACGUACGACGCUCUCUUACGGUUGUCGCGACAAACGGUAGUAUCAAUAUGGUUGUUGCCGAGAACGCAGUUCGUGAGAGGAUGCUGUUGCAUUAGCUUGCUUUGAACUCUCUCCUAACAUGAGAUGUGCCAUGAUCAUAGAGAAUAAUUUUACGUAAUAUAAACGAUCGAACAGAGGUGACUAUUCGACAUAAACGUUACCGCAAUGGAGACUCCCACAAGCACGACCAAUAGUACAGUGGCGAACAUCCCGAAGCAAGAUAUAAAGAAAGCUACAAUUAACAAAAAACAAGAAAAUAUGAUGGACAAAGAUACAAAAUCUUUAACAACAAAUUUAUUUCCAUGGAUUUUUGAAUUUAGAAAAAUGUGUAAAGUUAUAUACAAGGAUUGUAGUAUGUCUUCUUUAACAGAGCUUAUGCAGUACUAUAUGAGAAAUAUAAGCAUCAGUAUAAAUGAAUGUUAUACAAGACCUCUAUGGGCAGCACGGUUGAAAGACUCUAUUAGUGAUACCUUAGUUUUAUUCUUAUAUAUUUAUCGUAUGCUUUCAGAGAAUCAUGAUAGAUGUAUUUAUCUUAAUUAUAUGUCAGACUUACUGGCAAUAUACAUAGAUAUGGAAUUAAAAGCAUCAAAAAAAACUAAGGAGGAUCAGGGUAAAAUUUGUGCUAGACUUAUUUCUUGCCUAUAUGUUUAUCUUGAACAUUCCACAGAACAUUUAUUAGAUACUCUUAUAAAAGUACAAUUUAUGUGUCGCAGUUAUCAUGCCAUCUUGAAUCCAUUAAUAACGAAAAUUAUUAAAAAUAUUCCCCUGCAUCCAGAAUCAAAUAUUAUGUAUGUGCGUUACUUACUUAUAUAUCGUCUGUGGAGGAAAAUAAAUAGUAGCGUGCCAAUAAAAAAUGAAAUUACUGCAGCUGCAGUUACUUCUCUUGGGCCACCACCUACUUUUCCACAUUUAUUGGAUGACGUAUUACCAAAAGUGCCAAAGUUUCAAUCAAAUGCUGCAAAAUUUCUUUUACAAUACAAAUUUGACACAAGAAGGACUUGCAAAAUAUUUGUACAAUUUUCUAAAGAAAGUAAUAAAAGAAUAUAUAAAGAGUACAUUAAGGAUAUAAGAGCAACUAUGAGUUCAUCCAGUAUAUGUGAUAUAGAAAAGGACGUCGACCUAGCACCUAAAAAUAUAGAUAAUUUUCAUAAUAAUGUCAAUUCUAAUUUAUCUGAUAAUAGUAGUUGUAGUAACUUUAUUUCUUUGCAUAAUUCUUGUAAAUCUGUAACUAUAACAGAUGAAACGUGUUUUAAAAGUUUAGGUAAAAUUUCGGGUAAUAUUUCUACCAAUCGUGUUGCUCCAAAAGUAUUUACGAAAAUUAAACCUUGUUCUCAAAGAAAUUUGAAAAAAUCGAAUAAAAUUAUAGUUAUUGACCUAACAAGUGACAUACAGAUUGAAAAAUCCGUGAUAAAUAAGAAAAAAUCUAAGAAACCUGCAUGGUUGGAAGAAGCCAAGAAACAAAUAGGUUUAAAAGCUAUGAAAACUUCAAUGAAGAUAAAAAGAAAAAUACAGAAAAAAGUGGAUAAUACCAAUUUAACAAAGUAUGCAACAGAAAGUCAUUGCCAAUUGCAAGAUACAACAUUAAGGACUUCCAAAGUAACUUCCAAAGAUGAUGCAGUAGAUUCUUCUAUGUGUGAUGUUAAGAACAGUGGUAACACGGAUUUAAAGAAUUCUAAUCUUAUUCUUUCAACACUUACAGAAUCAUUAACUAACGAAAAAUUAGCGUCAUCUAUAAUUUAUACAAAAAGUUGUAAUGAUGUCAAUAUUGAUCCAGCAACAGCUAACUCAUCUUCUGAUAACAAUGAAUGUGUAUUCAAUGCAGCUGUUGAAACUGUAGAUGCUCCUAUAAAUAUUCGGAAAUAUUAUAAUGGUAGUGAUGUUUUGGAAUUAAAGAAAAAUAGCACUAUAAACGAUAGACUUAAACAGGCUGUGAUUAAAGGACUGAUAGAAAAAGACAUUUCUACAGAGAAUGAAAUAUGUGAAAGAAACGAUGGUAACAAGAAAAUCUGUGAUUUAAAACCGCAACCUUCAAUUAUAGAAAGUAUCACAAUAGAUUCUCAAUGUAAUUCCAAAGACGAGGUAGAUAGCUUAAAUCUUAGUAAGAUCGUAGUGGAAAGUAGCACAUCGGAGGACGUAGUUGCCUAUUUAAAAGUUAAGGAAGACGAACAUGGUGUCCACGAAACAUUGAAUAAUAAAAACAUAGAAUCUGAUUGUGUAAAAGAACGAAAUCUGUCUACAAAUUCUUAUUUUGAAAAGACCAAUGAAAGCCAAAGUAUAAACAUAAUUGAAUUAGAGAAUAAUAAUAGGAGUAAAAAGAUAGAAUCUGAGAGAUGUACAAUUUUAAAAUCAUCUACGAAUAACACAUUCAAAUAUGAAAAUAAAGAAGGUUUUCUUAUUAAUAAUGAAAUUUUAGAACAACAGCAGACAUUUCGUGAAUCUCAAAAGAAUUUUGAAGUCUCUUGCCCUGGAUAUUUAAGUAAUACAGUAAGUUUCAGCAUAAUGAAUGGAGAUGAUUCAGAUGUACAAGCUGAAGUUGAAAUUGGUAAUUCUAUUGAAGGUGGUGAUGAAAUGAGCACCAUUAAGACAUUUGAUUUUGAAAAUAAAAUCUAUAAUUCAGAAGAAAAUUUAAUUGAUAUUGCAAAGAAUAUAGCAAUACAUAAUAUUGAAAUUAAACAUACAUGCAAAGAAGACAUUGUAAAUAAUCAAUAUGUAAAUCAAUCUAUAGAGUAUGAUAAACAAAUAUACAAUAAGAAUGAUAGCAAACAAAAAAUUGCUAUAGAGAAUAUAGAUCAAAGUAAGUCCCAUAGUUAUCCUGUAUUACCGACUAUUUUUCAGAAAGAUGUACAAUUAUUAAAAAAUUCUCAUGAUGGUAAUGCAAUCAAGAAUAUAAAUAAGGACUUCUCUGAAAUUGAAGAAAUAAGCAACGAUCCUAAAAGCUCUGACAAAGGAUAUAUUAUACAUAGUACUGAGUUAAGUACUGAAGAAAAUAUCGAUGGUCUCUCCUUAUUGGCCAGUGUAUCACAACAUGUACCACAUUUAAAAGCUGAAUCUGAAAUACGAUGUGAUCAAAUCAAAGUUAAAGAUUAUGCCGUUCUAAAAAAUACUUCAUUUAACCAAAUCAUUGAUGAUGAAACAGAUACUAAUGAUUCGUCCAAUACUAUAUCACAGCUUUGUGAAAAUCCCACAACUGAAUUAAUUAAUCGGAUUGUCGGUGUUUAUCCAGAAGAUGAAUUAGAAAAAGUGGAACUUUGUGUUAAAUUAACAUCUACGAGCAAUGGAAAUACAACAAACGCAGAAAAUGCAUCUUCCGUGAACGUUCCUCACAUUUUUCAAGGUUCUAUGAAUUAUGAAACAUCAGAUACAUUGUCAAAUAUUAUGGUCCCACUCGAAAAUAAUGUACAAUCUACUAAAGAAAAUACAAAUGUUAUACUGAAUGGAGAAACAGUUGUGUUGCUGCAAAAAUCACCAAAUAGUAAUUUGUACAUCAUCAAUAAAGCUGUAGAAAAUGCAAGAAAUCAUAAUGUUAAUGAAACAAGUAAGAUCAUGGAAAAAACUUGGUUAACACCACCUUCAGAAGACUGUACAUCAUUUGAAAUUAUCAACACUCUUGAUCAUACUUUUAUACAAGAAAAACAUUCUGUUGAAGGAAAAAAAAGUAUUAAAAUAGAACCUAAAGAAGAUAAUGCCAUAUUAAAUAUUGCAGAUGAAAAAUUAUAUACAAAAAAGGCUUCACUCAGAGCAAAUAUAUUAUCUACUCUUCAAGCAACUUUGCAAGAUAUUGAUGCUGCAAGUCUAACUACAACUAAUGAAGACAAUGAUAAACAUAAAUCUUCAUCACAAUCUAUCUCUGCUUGUAGACAAAAUAUUAAGCAAGAAUUUACUACACUUCCCAAUCGUAUUACAACUAAUUAUGCUGUACAAGGAUGUACAGGAAUGCAUCCACAUUCGCACGAAACAAUUGAAUCGCAACAUCCAUUACAUAUUCCUGCAUCUCAUCCUACUGCGUUACCACCAUCAAUUUGUAGUAAUUGCUCAGCUACUACAGAUUUAUGUGUGCCAUAUCAUAAGCACUGUACAUCUGUCUCUUGUAGUUUACAAAUAAAUACUACUGCAUCUUUGCACUCUCAUGUAAAUACAAACAACUCUCGUGGGAGAUCACAUUGUUCAUGCUUAAGUUGUACAUAUGAUAUAGUUACACAUUGUCGACAAUGUAUACACCCUGGUACAGAUUCUCAUGUAUCAUGCAUUGAAAGUAGCUCAUAUUUUUUGCCUACGCAUUCAUCAGUACAACCAUCCACCGUCCAGGAGCAUGACAGGACGAAAAAUGAAACUGUUAUAGGAAAAUUGUAUGAUGAUAAAAUUUUAUAUAAAGUAAAACAAGAUCUUUUACAAAAAAAUACAUUAGAAGAAAUUGAUAUGAAGUGUGAAACAGCAAGAUUGAGUAAUACUAAUUUCAAUAGUAAAUUACCUCUUAAGAAAAGAUUAAAAGCACAUGCUAUGAUGUCAAUGACAUAUAAAGAAAUACCAAUAAAAACAGAAAAAUUAGAUAAUUAUCCUGGUAUACCCAUGAUGUCCAUAGCAGCUUUAGAAGCACUUGAUACUACACAGAAACAUCAGGAGCAAAUUGUAAAACCAGUUUUUGAAUUGUCUUCUACCAGAAAAGAUGAUUUACAUAGUAAUUAUCAUUUUACUGCAAAUUUAGUACGACGAGAUUAUUGCAAGGACAUUCAUGAUACCACGGCACACGAAUCAAACGCUACAGUAUGCCAAGAAUCUUGCCAUCAAAGAAGAUUUAAAACACCUGCACAGCGUAAAGAAAUCGCUGCAUCUGAAAUGACAACGAUAAAACGAUUUGCAUCAGAAACUAUAGCGACAGAUGUACCUUAUAAAAAAGCAAAAAAAAUGCAAUCACCCACUAGAAGAACCAGAAGUUCGAAAAGAAAUGUCCCUAAGGUAAAUUAUUCUUAUUCUGAUAAUGAUCCAGAGUGGAAUUCAUCAGGUAUAUUAAAACGUAAACGUAGGAAAAACAGUCGAUGAUCAAUACUGUUUAAUUACGAAACUCAUUGUAAAUGCCACAGAAAUACAAAAUAAAAAGAUGAAAAUAUGAUAUAAGUGACAAAAUUGUGAGUGUGUAAAUUCAUAAAUAUGAUGUGUAUGUGCGUGUCCACAUGUGUGUAAAUAUGAGUUCUCAUCGUUGGAAGAUACUAUAAGUGAUACCUGCAAAUAAAUAGAAGAUCAACUAUGAAGAACAUCAUGGAAAAUCCGUAAAGCAUCAUCGUGGAAGAUUUUUAGGAAUCAUUUUUUCAUAAGAUAUAAUAUUUAAUUAAUUACUGUAAUAAUGUAUGUGUAGAGAAUUUUAAGACUGUUAUUUAGAAUCUAUGUUUGUAACAUUAAUUAAUCAAAGUAAAAAUUGUAUUCAAAUAAUACAAAGUUGUAUUCAAAUAAUUUAUUUUAAGUUUAAAUUUCAUUCCUAUCAUGUUUUCUUAAAUUUAGUAAAAGUCAUAUAAUUUUCAAUUAUGGUAUGUUAUAUCAUUUUGUCACUGCUGUGAUUAACUUAUAAAGAGUUUUAAAAUAAAUAUCUAUGUAAUUAUGUAUAUAUAAAAUAUGUACAAACAAACAUGCCAAAUUCUUCUACUUUACAUACGCUUCGUAUUGAUAAAAUUACGAGAUUAUAGCAAAAGAAGAAAGUAGAUUGGGAUAUAUAUGAAAACUAAGUUAAUGAUUGUUAUGAUCAGCAGUGUUAUCUUUAAGUCAUAAUACCAAAACUAAUUCAUGAAUAAACAAGUUAUUAAGAAAAAGUUUACAGAGGUAAUAAUGUAAAAGAUAUCCACAAAAUAAAAUACAAAUGUAUUAAUGUAACUGAUAUAAGAGUUUUUUUUUCAGAUCUAUUAUUUGAUAAAACAUCAACUUUAAUAAAUCUGUGAUGUCAACGAAAUCGCCAAAUGAACCAGAAGUAAUGACAUGACAAAAAAAAAAUGGAGACAUUUUGUGUGCUCCAAAAUUUUAAUCUGUCCAUUUGUUUUAUAUAUAUACAUAUAUAUGUACACAAACAUACAUAUAUAGGAAUUCCACAUAAAUGUUGGAAUAAAACAAUUAUGAAUUAUUGUUUCCAGGUAUCGAAGUAUAGCAUAACUAGUCAAUUCAUUUAUUUUACAUUUAACAAAUAUCAGCUUUAAUUUAAAUAAUAAGAUGCUUUUUAACCGUAAAUAUGACAUCGUAUCUUUGUUUUGCUUUAUCGGUAUAUGCAAAAAAAAUAUGACUUGUUAAACCAUUUAAUACAUUGAUUGCCUGUUUUCUCAGUAAGAUUACAAUGAUUGUAGAUGACUGGGACUCUUAAAUUUAAAAAAUUUACAGAUUGAAUAAAAAGAAUUUUGAAUAAUGCAAAUAACUAUGUAAUAGUGUGAACUAAAAAUUAUGCUAUUCAAUAAUUAAUAAUUAUUGUUAAUUUUAUUGUUUUUUGCUAUUAAUAGAAUAAUGAAACUAUGAAUAAAAAGAAUUUUAUUUUUUUACUAAUAAUAUAUGUACGUGUAAAUUAUUAUUUUAAAUAUUAAUAAUCAGUUUAUUUUCGUUGAUUUAGAAAUUAAUAAACAUGAUAUUUUCCAAAAAUUAGAUUUUGCAAUGAACUAUAUUAAAACAGUAUAAAUGAAAAUAGGGCCAAUCAUGACAGUCGUAAAAAAUGUUAUUACUUUUUUGUGCAAUUCUAUGGAGUAUUUAUAUUGAAAAUGUACUAUUUUAAGCUUAUUAACAAAUUGUCAAAAUCAAUCGAAUACACUGCUAUAGUAAUCAGUAAAAUAAACACAUUAUUGAUAAAAUAUACGAUAUUUAAUUAUACUAUGCAAUAAUUUAUCAUUAUAAUAAUAAAGAUUUUAUUGUGGUCUCCAGGUUAAAAUGUACAAUAUUCGCAUGGCAGUCAAUGUGUUAAUAUGUGUACAUAAAUAUUUGUUUAAUCAUAAUCACUCGUUUAAACAAGAUAAAAAAAGAAAUUUGUAGAAACGAAACUUAUGAAUAUAAACUUGCAAUAGUUAUUAAAUCCAAAAGGGAAAAUCUAGCUCACAGCUUAAAAAUGCAUAAAUAAUAUUAUAGAGUAUAUUAAUAUAUUUCAAUUUCAUUGUAACUUUACAUUCUUUAUGAGAACAUCUAUGUUAAUAUGAAAAAUUAUCAUAUACAUCAUAUAACUUUCAAACAUCACUAAAUGAACAGAUCAUAAUUAAAAACGAUGAAUAUAUCAAUAUGCACACAUUAUUUAAUUUAUUCAUCUUUAACAUAAUUAUCAACUUCUACAAUAUUAUUUAUUGAUUUAAGUUAUUAAUAUUGGUUAAAUAAAUUUAUAAAUUUCUUGAAUAUAAUACUUCGGUGCCAUAUCUCAAUAUCUGAUCUCAAACCUGUGAUUUUUUGUUAUGUAAUAUUGUGUUAUACAAACAUACUACAUCAUCUCAUAUAAUUUAGCAACAACUUUUAUUUAUAUUGCCAAAUAAUUCACUUGUUAUAAAAAUAACAUAUUGUAUUCACAUAUCAUAAUCUUUUUUUUUUCUAUUACUGAAUAUUAUCUUUUUUUUUAUGAGAAAAAUGAAUAUUUUUAUUCUCUAUCAAAAAAGAUAUAAUUUAGCAAUUUUCGCGCGCGCGCGCAUGUGUGUCUGUGUAUGUUUUUCAUUAUUUAAUAUUAUGAAGUCUGAAUAAAUAAGUCUGAUAGUUUUAGUUAUGUCAAUAUAAAUUAAAACAUUUCAUAUCUGUGUAAUGUACCAAUUUAUGUUUAUUAAUUUACAUUUUAAAAUAUUGAAAACUUGUAGAAAUUCUUACAAGUGUAAAUUUACUAAAGAAAAAAUGAUCAAUUACACUUUUACAUCUUAAAACAGUUUAUUACUUUAUUAUAAAUUGGUAUUAUAUUGCAUUAUUUGGCAAUUGUAAAAUAAAGACAUAUUUUAAUUAUUUUAGCAAAUACAAACUCAGUCUUAUAAUAUAUAUAAAUAAAAUAUGAAUUAAAAUGCAAAUUUAACUAUCGAGAAUAAUACUUUUCUUAUAUUUGAAAUAUUUUAAAUUUAUAUAUGAAUGCGUAUUUUUCUUCUAAUAAUGAUAAAAAGGAAACAAGAUCUUUAUUUCUUGUAAAAUAACUAUUAUAGACUGAGUGUUUAGUGUGUCUCAAUUUAUAAGAAUAUGCUAUUAUUAUAAUAUUAUGAUUUUAUUCAAAUAAAGUUUAUUCAAAAGAUGAAAAGUUUGCUUGCUAACAAAUAGAUAAACAGAUAAACGAACAGAUGCAAAAAUCAAAUUUGUUUAUAAAUAUAUAAAGAUGUAUAUUUCUUAUAAAAAAUGGCAAUUUUUUAUUUAGUCAAUACUAAACUAGAUAUAUAAUGUAUCUAUAAUUUCUUUUCUUAUAGUUUUUUCUUUAUUUUCUCUUGAAUCUGUUCUAUAUCAUAAGAGAAAUACAGACGACAACAUUUAUUAUGCUUAAAAAACUCACAAUGUGUAAAUAAUUAGUUUUAUAGUCAGUUUCCCUUACAUAUUAUAAAUUUACAAUAGUUGAAAAAUAUCAUAAAUAACAAAAUAUGUUUCUUUCGGUUGUUUAAUGAAUGUACUUACAGUAUUGUUAUGUACGAAUAUAUGUACAUAUUUAUAUA